GAACUAUACUUAUUAUAUGCCAGACAAAACAUUUACUGUUGACAAAAUGAGAGCUGUGUGCUUUGUUAAGAGACUGCAGUGGGAUGUACCUGGGACGCUUUUUAUGCACGGAAUGACCAUUGGUGAUGUAGACAAUGAUGGAGAUAACGAAUUGGUUGUUGGAACUGCUGAAGGAGACUUGUAUAUUUUUAAGGGUACGGAAUUGUGGCAAAAAAUCACAGGUCUUGGAUUAGUGACAAGUGUUGCCAUUGGUGAUAUUUUUAAUUAUGGCAGAAAUGCCCUGAUCGCGAUCUCUGGUGAUGGUUGGAUACACAUUUAUUACAGCCCACGAUCCGUUAAUCCAGGUUUCAACACAUUGCAUUCUGAGAAUAGUACUUCUGAAAAUGGAGAGCCUUUGGAUCACAACGUUUCUCGAACCAAAGCAGGAAGCUUAAAUAGCACAAUCGAUUCCAAUACAUCUGACCACAAAAACAAUGUGGGUAAAUCAGAUGAGUCAACUGGAAAAAUGGAAUGUGUUCACGUUCAAAGAAUACCUGCCAACACAAAAGUAGUUCUGAUUGCAGACGUAGAUCAAGACGGUGCCAAUGAAUUAAUUAUCGGCCUGACCGACCGUGUAGUGAGAUCCUACAGGUGGUCAAGCAACGCAGACUUGGGCUCGGGUAAGCUUGUGGGACUGAAUAAGUGGGAGUGCACCAAUCAAAUCGGAUCUGUGACCCUGCAGGACGACUCGGAGGGUAAACCCACGUUACUGGUUGCUCAGCCGGGCGGAACUUUUAUGCGAAUCAAGUGUAAUACCGAUGACUGCCAGGUGGACGACGAAUGUUUCAAUGAUAGUAGUAAAGCUGCCGCUAGCAUCGACUAUCAAACACUGGGUAAGUCGAGGAUGCGCAAUCCAAAUAUUUCUACCGAGAUACUCGGAAAUCUCAAGCCCAAGAUCAAAAGUUCUCCCGAUGACGAUAGCAUCAAAUGCAUGUCCUCCAACGAUACCACUCGUCAUUCGUCCUUUUCCGAUGAUUUACGAAACAAAUGUACCGUAUCGGAAGAUGUCAGUGAAAACAAUAGCCCGGGUGUUGAUGAUGUGGAUGGUAACGUCGUUGGGGGAAACAUCAUUUUUCAAGACUUUGAUACUAAACGAGAUGGUAUUGAUUACUUGGAGGAUGGAAAUAACAAUAUAAGAGGCAGUGAUUCAAAAUUGGAUGACUUGAAGAAACAAAUCAAUAGUGAAAGUCAAACAAAGAAAAAUUCAAAAUCCUAUGCUUUGGCCACACUCGAUGGUACCAUAAUGCUUGUCAAAGAUGAAAUAAUACUAUGGGCAAUGCAGGUGGACCAUCACAUAGCAGCUCUGUGUCCACUGGACGUGACUGGAGACGGAGCCGAUGAAAUAAUCGCGUGUAGCUGGGACGGUCAGACCUAUAUCCUCGAUCAACAGCGAAACAGCGUGCGAUUUCAAUUCGAGGAUCCGGUAAGGGCCUUCUGCGCUGGAAUGUACAGCGUCUUCCCACGAUCGUCAACUCCCUGUCUUGUCUACAAUAACUUUCACAACAAGAUUUUCCUGUAUUACGACGUAAGUCUUCCCAGUAUGAUGGUGACGGCGCUGAAUGCGGAAGGCUUGCUUGAGCAAGAGGAGCAAAAAGAGAUGCUUAGAAAACUGCUGACCGGUAGCUCGGACUGCGAGCGCGAGGCGCAGCUUAAACAGUUGACGGAGUGGUUGUUGUACGGAACGCACUGA